AUGAGUGAGCAAGUUGUGAUCGAUUCGCCGGGGGCGACCCGGCGGCAGCCCUUGCUGACAGAGAGGAUGAGGAGUGCGGAGGAAGAGGAAGAGGAAGGGGAAACGGAGAAGCGUGGAAGCGCCGUGAUAGGGGACUUUGCGGGCGGCACGGCGGCGUGCGCGAUGAUGUGCUGCUGCUGCCCCUGCGCCGCCUUGCACUUCCUCGUCACGGCGGCUUACAAGGUGCCGGCGGGGCUUUUACGGAAGGCGUGGCGGAAGAAGAAAAAGAAGCGGCUGAUGAGGAAGAAGACGAAGCUGAUGAUGGUGGAAACUGGGGGGAAAGAUGGGUCCCGGACCGCCAUGGUCUCCGCCGCUGAUGGCGGCAACAAAGGCCGCUCGUCCGGCACGGCCUGUUACGACGAAUUUGACGACGACGGCGACUGGGACGGCAGCAGUGCGGCCACCGAAGACGGCUUCGAAAUGGAGAUGUGGGACCGGUUCCACGAAGGUGGAUUCUGGAGGAGCUCAUUGGACAGAGAGGGUUGA